GAACUUCUUCACAUCCAGGUUUUGUCUGACGGAAAAUUGUCUUGCCACAGGUUGGUUAGCCCUGCAGUUGCAACUGCCUCAAGUAUGAACUUGAUGUCACCUCCUUAGUUACCACGUAUCCAGACUAGUUUACUAUUGCCACAGAAGCCCAAGAGUGGAGAAAAAUGGCAGGAAGGCUAGGUUUCACUUCUAAUUUUUGGCCCCAGCUUUCAUGCUGAGGUAAUUGUUUACAAGCGUUUAAAGCAAUCUCUGUUUCACAAUCUCAGAAAAUGAUUUUUUCCACGAUAAACGGCGUUUAUUAACACAUGGAGCCCUGCGGCAAGGUAAAAUCUAGGGGAUACAGUUAGGUGAAGUCCUCUGACCAAAAGAGCUGAAAAUGGAGCGUGAGCCACAUCCAGGAGGGUAGGGCACUUGUUCGCUGUGCUUGUUCGGGUUUAAAGAAUCCGCUGAGGGAACAGAAAACAGACCGGCCAUUGAGCGGCGACGAGCAGCCGUGAGGUGCUGACAUACACUGAAUAGGAGGCUAUGGUGUGAGGGAAAACCAGGCCGAAGUGAAACAAAGGCGCCGUUAGGCUGCAGAGUGCAAUCUGAGGCGGUUCGGGCUUCCCUGGAGGCCGGGCAGGAGCGCCGCGAGCCGGGAGGCAGCCGCCCGGGACAGCAGGAGGCGCACCUCAGCCGCGGCCCGCCGCACGCCCGGCGCGGACCAAUCGGAGGCCGGGAUGUUAGCGGGUGGGAGGCGCGGCCGCGUUGCUACAGCCGGAGCUGGGCGGUGGCGGGCGCUGCUGGAGCGUCCAUCCGAUCCGUAGGCGCUGGCGCAAUGGACGGACUGGAAGAGAAUGGAAGUGUUGUCCAAGUAGGAGAAUUACUGCCUUGCAAGAUUUGUGGAAGGACAUUCUUUCCAGUAGCAUUAAAAAAACAUGGACCUAUUUGCCAGAAAACUGCAACCAAAAAACGGAAGACUUUUGAUUCAAGCAGACAGAGAGCUGAAGGAACGGAUAUUCCAACAGUAAAACCUCUUAAACCAAGGCCAGAACCACCAAAGAAACCAUCUAAUUGGAGAAGAAAGCAUGAAGAAUUUAUUGCCACCAUUCGAGCAGCUAAAGGCCUUGAUCAGGCACUAAAAGAGGGUGGCAAGCUUCCUCCCCCUCCUCCACCUUCCUAUGAUCCUGAUUAUAUUCAGUGUCCAUAUUGCCAGAGGAGAUUCAAUGAAAAUGCAGCGGAUAGACAUAUAAAUUUCUGCAAAGAACAGGCAGCGCGUAUUAGUAAUAAAGGAAAAUUUUCUACAGAUACCAAAGGAAAACCAGCUUCUCGGACGCAGUAUAAACCACCUGCAGUUAAAAAGUCCAAUUCUCCUGGAACCACUUCAUCAGGAUCUUCACGAUUACCACAACCGAGUGGAGCUAGCAAGCCUGUUGUAGGUUUGCCUUCAGGUAAAGUGUCUUCAGUUAACAGCUCUUUGGGAACUAAACUUCAGACCUUAUCUCCCUCUCAUAAAGGGAUGGCAGCCUCUCAGACAGGUAAGAUGGGCAUGUUAGGCCCUCCACUUCGAACUGGAAGAAAUAUGCAAAAGUUGUAUGACUGUGAUACAAAAUCAAACAGUGCCAUCAAAAGACAUGAGUUAUUACCCAUUUACAAAACUAACAUCAAACCUCGAAAUUCCACACCACCUAGUUUGGCAAGAAACCCUGCCUCAGGUGCGCUUACAAACAAAAGAAAAACAUACGGAGCUGACAGCCACAUAGCAAGGCCAGAUGGGGACUACACAUCUUCGUUUAAUGGUGGAAGCAUUAAAAGCAUUGAAGGAAAUUCAUCUGGACACUUACCAAAAUUCUGCCAUGAGUGUGGGACUAAAUACCCUGUAGAAUGGGCGAAGUUCUGUUGUGAAUGUGGCGUUCGGAGAAUGCUUCUGUGAAUAGCAACCCAGAUGAAAACAAACCAGGUUCAGAAUUCUAUGAUUAUUGCUGCUUGGACAGCUAGAGUACUUCCUCGGAUUAUUUUGUGCUAAAAAUAUUCAAAAUAUCUUUACUGGUAAUGUUUGGCACAUAAUCUUAUGGCUGAAUUAUGAGUGUUUGUAUAUAUGUGUACAUAAGCUGUAUAGAAUAAAUACCUGAUGAUAUUCCUUAAACUGUACCAUGCAAGGAAACACUUGUCUUUCAGAAAAUAAUUUCUAGUGGAAUCAUUAGCUUAGGUAUUACAUUUCUCCUGUUGCGCAGGCACAUUCAGUGUAUGUCUCCACAAAUUCUCAGACUUUAUGCUUCACACUUGGGAUAAUCAAAACUU